CUAUUCUUCUUGUCCCUCUUUUUUUUUGGUUCCAUUACACCCUUUCGCUGUUCUCUUCGUCUCUCUGGGUUUUCCAUUGCGAGCACUGCCAAUAUGUCCUCAGCGUCAGACACGUAUGACGCACAAUCAUGGCAAGAGCUUAUGCCCGACGCCAAGGACUACCGCGUCGUGCGGUCUUUCUGGGUGGCUUCGCUUACCCUGCUCACGUACGAAAUCAUGGUUACGUUUGAUGACGAGGUUGAGUUUAUGUGGCGUGGCCGAUUUGUGUGGACUAGGUCCCUUUAUUACGUUAACCGUUAUUUUCCGCUCAUUAACCUGAUAUUUGAUAAUAUAUUCGAGUCAACGAUCCACAGUUCCGACAUUUCAGUAAGCUUUUGUCACUUCUGGUACAGGUGGUUCCUGUACGCCAACCUGAUUAUGCGCAUAUCUAUGUCAAGCAUCCUAAUAAUGAGGCUAUACAUCAUGUAUCGCUGCAAUCGGGCCCUCCUGAUUACACUUUGCGCAAUAUUUGUCGUCGAGCUCACUGUCGAGACUACUAUCAUAGCCGAGGUGAUCUACAACCUUAAAGAUAUAACCCUCUCGAUAGACAUUCCAGUCUCAGGAUGCGUCGCGGUCGGAAUCAAGCAAUGGGCAUGGGCGUACUGGGUACCGGUCAUGAUCUGGGAGGCCCUUCUGCUCGUCCUGUCACUGUACCGCAGCGCGCAGCAGGCUCGAGAGGAGGCAGGGACCCCCCACCUGAUGGUCGUCCUUCUGCGAGACUCCGUGUUGUACUUCGGGGGCGCGCUGGCCUCCAUUCUGGCGAACUUUAUAGUGUGGAAAGUGCAGGCCACAGCCUUGUUCUUUGCGUUCAUCCCGCUCAUUAUGGCACUGAACUCUGUACUGGGAUGUCGCAUGAUGUUGCACAUAACCCGCGCUGGCCGUAAACACGUGCAGGCAACGGCCAAGGAGAGCUAUCUGCUCACAUCGGACAUAUCUAUCGACGACGCUGACGACGGUAGCAAGGCAGGCGACGACGACGUCUCAGAAUCAGACCAUCAUGCAUCCUUACCCUCCUUGGCACGGACUCCACGGGUACCCUCUGUUGCGCCCGUGAGGAACUCGACAUCGACGGCCGGCCGCAGCGCUGUUUCGAGUCCGUCACCGUCCAGCUGGCUCGGGCUAUCGACCACGGGCGCGUGCGAAGAUGUCAUCGAAAUCACAAGCACGGCGUCCGAGCACCUCAACUGGGACAUAUACGCACGACGGAACGACUUGAUUUAGUGUAUUAUCGAGGGAGAAGCCCGUAUGCGUCGGUUUUUUGUGUACGAAUAGUGUCCUUAUUAUCAUAGCUGCAGAGCGGCUUACUCCCCGCAGCGUUGCGCGAUUUACAAAAG